CCUGUUCCGUCUCACCAAUCCUGCAGAGAUGAAGUACUUGGUGUUUGUGCUCCUGGUGGCUGCCGCUUGCGCUUCUGAGGUGGAGAAGCGAGAGGCGGAGCCAAGUCGUGCCUUAAGCUAUGGCCAUGGUGUCCACCACCAUGCCUACUAUCCCCGCACCUACUACCACCCCUACCACCGUUAUCACAAGAGGUCCGCUGAGCCUGAGGCCGAAGCCGAGCCCUCUUACCGAGGAUACUACCGUCCCUAUUCCUACGGCUAUCAUAACACUCCCUAUGUCCACCACCACAACAAGAGGUCGGCUGACCCCGUUGCUGAGGUUGAAGCCAGUUACGGCUACAGGUCGUACCAUCCCGUGGACUAUCACUCCUAUCAAUACACCCCCUACACUCACAGCCACUACAAGAGAUCUGCCGAGCCAGAAGCUGAUCCUAUUUUUCUUUAUGGCCACCACCACCCGUCCCAUAGCGGAGCUCACUAUGGUUACGGUUACCACCACUAAGGCACUGAGAGUUAAUAUGCCCUGAAUAUAUCUAAGAGCUUUACUUUGAAAACUGAUUUAGGAAUAAAGUCAGUCUAAAUAUA